CGUCAUUUUGAUUGACGGAUGAAACACCGCCCCGGAGACGCGGAGGCUCAAGUCUUCCCACAGAUGUCGGGAUUGUCGGCGUCACGGCAAAAACAAAGUUGAGAGUGAGAAGACGUAGUUCAUGGCCAACAGCAGCAUCUGAAGACGCUUCUCCGUUCAUAAACAUCGCCAUGGAUGUGCUCAAAUCUGCCAGAAGGGCUUUUAUUCGCAGUCCCAGCCUGACCAAACAAUCCAGGAGCUCAGGCAAACACCAAAAGCUCCCUGAGAACUGGACUGACACGAGAGAGACUCUUCUGGAGGGAAUGACCUUUAACCUUCGGCAUCUGGGCAUGACUCUUGUGGACCAACCCAAAGGCGAGGAGCUCUCAGCCGCUGCUGUCAAGAGGAUUGUUGCCACUGCCAAAGCCAGUGGGAAGAAAUUUCCUAAGGUGGCUCUGAAAGUGUCUCCUCAGGGAAUCGUCCUGUGUGACAGUGUGUCCAACCAGCUGAUUGAGAACAUUUCCAUAUUCAGGAUAUCAUACUGCACCGCUGACAAGAUGCAUGACAAAGUGUUUGCUUUCAUCGCCCAGAACCAGCAGAAUGAGACGCUGGAGUGCCACGCAUUCCUCUGUGCCAAGCGGAAAGUGGCUCAAGCGGUCACACUCACGGUGGCUCAAGCCUUCAGAGUGGCCUUCGAGUUCUGGGAGGUUGCCAAAGAAGAGAGAGAGAACAGUGUGAAAUGGGAUUCAGCUGGAGAGACAUCCAACAGUUCACAGUCAGAGAGAUCGGUCAGCCUGAACAGCCUUAAAGUAGGAGCAGUAGCUACAGAGAACUUGUUGGACAUUGAUGAUUACUCAUCUGCUGUGGAAAAUGUUGACAAUCCUAGUGAACCCAACAACAACUGCACCACCCUAUGGGAGAUGGAUGAUGGUCUGGAAGAGGCUUUUUCAAGCUGCAGUUUGGAUAGCUAUGAGUACUCUCCAGACUCGCUGAGUCUCGUACUAACCCCCAGGUCCUGGACAUUGGGGUGACGCCUCAGGACUGGAACUCUGAGACCGACUGGGACAAGACCAAUGGAAAUGCAUCAAAGGCCGAUGAGCUCUUCGGUCUCUGAGCACAGAUAGGUUUGUGGGAGGAAGUAGAUCCGGGAACUUCAUGCAGGAGUUUUCUGCCAGUCGAGAGAGCGGCACACUGGUCCUUCUUGUCCCAAUCAUCUGGUCCAUCACACCAAAGCAAUAGCAGAUGAGUCUAUUUUUGCAACAAAAAAAAAAUAAAAAACCUAUACUAUA